AAACAAGUGAAGAAAACAAGUCAAAAGACAAAGAAUGACUUCUAUUUGAAUAUAAAAUCAAUAAAAUGAAUGACGAUGAUUCCAAACAAAAACGAAAUAAACCUUGUGAAAGUUGUCGAACACAUAGACGGAAAUGUAUAUUGUCGCAACAAAAUAUAUGUGAACGCUGUCAACGUAUGGCUAUACCUUGUUUCUUCAAGUAUUCUACCAAACCUGUAACACAAAAGCAACCCAUCUCUGCAUCUAAAAAGAAUCGACUCCUUCAAAAAGUAUGGACUUUAGAACAAGAAGCAGAAAUAUUGGAAUCCGAAUUGCAGGAUAUUGCUUACCAACAAGAAAUACAGAGAAAUAAAAAAUCAUUAUCAACACCGUCCUGGCACAUUUCUAUUCAACGAUCACAACAUGGUUUAGCAAUGGAAACAAAUAUUACCAGCAUGACUGAUCUCAUGAUACUUUUACAACAAGCUAGUCAAUCGUUUGGUAUUCAAAAUACACCAGUCUCACCUAUUAUCAAUCACGCCAUACAACCUCAUUUAGCUGUCACCUGCAAGUCCACCUCAGUUGAAAAAACUCUACGUGAAAUAUUCAACACAUUUAUCCAAGGGAACAACUCUUUGCCAGCAACACGAUCAUCCUGCUCAAUACCUUCAUCAACAACAACAUCAUCAUCAUCAAUAGCAGAAGCAGCAGCAAUAGCAAUUGCAACAAAACCUUCACCACCAAGUUUACAAGAUAUUGUAGAGCAACCAUCACAGGAACUGGCAUUAAUGACGGUGAAACGACAAUUGAUUGACAUUUAUUUUGCUUGUCCACAUUUACAUAACCCCAUUUUGGUCAAACCUUAUUAUCAACGUUACAUGCAACUUCAUUUGAAUGAUAUGAUUUCAUGGGCCGCUGCUGCUUAUGUUGCCUAUUUACCAUGUCAUCAUGUGAAUAAUCUAUUUCUUUUACAACAACACUCUUUACCGUGGUCAAGGCUGGAAUUAGGGGAACUUUGUCGAUUGGAAGCAAAACGAUUAUUUGAUGAAGCUCUCUUUGUUGCAUUGGAAAAUGAAAAUGAACUUUCUGUAUCCUGGAUGUUUACGGCUUACAUGUUGGCCCAAUGUGCUUGGUUGACUUUACAAAACAAACAAAUACGGUUUUAUUCGGAUGCUACUUGGCGUAUGGCUGUGCAACUUAAAGAUACCUAUGUGCCUAUCAUUCAACAAUACAACAACAAAUAUGGAUAUGACGACAUCACUACUAUGAUUGAUGAUGACGAUACGGAGCAUUUGAUGAUAUUUGCAGAAACGUGGCGACGAAUGUAUAUGAUGGCUCGGUAUGUGGAAGUUGGAUUGAAUAUGGCGUAUGACUCACCCACGGAUGUUAACCAAUUAGCGGCUCAUUCAGUCAACAUUGGCUUUCCACGACUUUUACCUUGUGAGAGUGAUGACAAAUCUCUUGUUGAGGCGGUUCAAGGUUUCCAUUAUAUAUCAAGGCUUCUUCAUUUGAUAACUGUGGGUCACGGUGAACGAAUCUCUUUACUCAACUUACGCUAUCAUAUGGGCAAGAUGGAUACGAUUGGAACGAAUGAUAUUAUUGCUUUGGAAGCUCGAUUUUUGGAUUUUUGGCGAAGUCUCCCACAGGAAUAUCGUAUUGCAGAUGUGCCAAUGGACUAUGUGCAAAUGGAUCGUGUUCAUCAAAUUCCUUCAUUACGUGGUCUUCGAAUCAAUGCGGCGUAUUAUCUGUUAUGGAUGUCAACGGUGGUUCGAGUGAUGCAAGAUCCUGAACUAUGUGAUUUAGCUAAUGUGUCACUGGAUCGUGUGGAUGGUGACCGGGCGAUUUUGAUUGUAUCUAUCUGUUGCGAUGCCAUUAUCAAGAUAUAUCAAGUGUUACAUGUACGGCUACCUUGCACCAUUGAACUUCAUUGGUUGACGAUUGUAUUAGAUUCAGUUUUACUUUUGGUCAAUGCAAAACAUCCAGAUAUUCGACAACGAGCCAUCCAAAGUGCCAGGAUCGCCAAAGAGAUAUUCAAACAACAUGCAUCCAAUAUUCAUAAUGACAACCAUCAUACGUCAGUCAGGAUGGAUUCCAAAACAACAAUCUCUGUACCUCUUCAACCAAUCAUCAACAAUAAUCUCAACAGUAGUAUUGGGGAUGGUAGCUUACAUUCAAUGGAAGAUUCAUUGUCAUUAUUAUCAUCAUCAUCUUCAUCAUCUUCAUCAUCAUCAUCAUCAUCAUCAUCAUCAUCAUCAUCAUCAUCAUCAUCAUCAUUAUCACCAUCAUUAUCACCAUCAUUUACUCCGGAAAAUUCACGUACUUGGUCCAUCUCUUCACAAGGGUCACUUUAUUACACAGCUCAACAAAAUCAAGAAAGAAGGAAACACUCUUCAUCUUCAAUGACUUCAUUUCCAGCGGCUUAUUUAGAUGUAUUGACUCAACAAAUGGAUGCUCGAUUGGCUGGCAACACUUCUAUUCACUUGUAAAUAUCCUUCUCCCCCUUUGUAUUCAAUAUGUAUUCCUAUUUUUUUUUAUUAUUAUUCUUCCCCCCCCCUCCCCUUUUCUUUUUCUUUUUUUUUUAUUUUUUAUUUU